AUGACGACACACACCAUGACACUACCACCACACACCAUUACACUACCGACACAAUAUGACGACACACACCAUCACACUACCGACACACACCAUGACACUACCGACAUACUCCAUGACGACACACACCAUGACACUACCACCACACGCCAUGACACUACAGACACACACCAUGACCAUGACACUACCGACACAUACCAUGACACUACCAACACACACAUUGACACCAUCGACACACACCAUGACACUACCGACACAUACCAUGACACUACCGACACACACCAUGACACUACCAACAUAGACACCAUCGACACACACCAUGACACUACCGACACAUACCAUUACACUACCGACACAUACCAUGACACUACCGACACAUACCAUUACACUACCGACACAUACCAUGACACUACCGACAGACGGCAUGACUCUACCGACACACAACAUGACCCUACUGAUACAUACCAUGACACUACUAACACGCACCAUGAUACUACCGACCCACACUUUGACACUUCCGACACACACCAUGACACUACCGACACACACCAUGAGACUACCGACACACAUCAUGACAAUACCGACACAUACCAUGACACUACCGACACAUACCAUGACACUACCGACACAUACCAUGACACCAUCGACACACACCAUGGCAAUACCGACACACAUCAUGACACUAUCGACACACACCAUGGCACUACUGACACAUACCAUUACACUACUGACACACACAAUGACACUACCGAGACACACCGUCACACUACCAGAGGGUGUGGUCAUUCUUUAAGCAUGUAACUAGCUCAACUGCAUUACUGGUUGUGACUUGUAAUGGUUUUGUUUUUUUUGUUGGUCUUGUCAAAUAAUGACAAAAAACAGUUGUAUAUUAAUAAA